UUCCGGGUCAGAGGUGACAGCCUGUCCGCUGCGUUUGGAAGUUUCUAGCACUGAGUAGCUAACAUGUGAAGUGAUGUGAGAUAUUAAAGAGCUUCUCCGUGUCUGUGUUCUCGGGUGUGUUUCUGCAGUAAAGCCGGCGAUGUUCGGAUGUUUAGUCGCGGGCAGACUGGUCCAGACGGACGCGCAGCAGGUCUCCGCGGAUAAGUUCGUGUUCGAUCUGCCGGACUGCGAGCGUGUGCAUCAUGUGGUGGUGUUCCUGCUGGGCACGGUGCCCUUCCCGGCCGGCAUGGGCGGCGCGGUGUACUUCUCCUUCCCGGACCCUGCACUCGGCCCGGUCUGGCAGCUCCUGGGCUUCAUCACCAACGACAAGCCCAGCGCCAUAUUCAAGAUCUCCGGGCUGAAAGCUGGCGAGGGUGGUGCGCAUCCGUUCGGGAUGAUGGCCGCUUCUCAGGCUCCAUCAGUCGCUCAGGUCGGAGUCUCCGUUGAAUCUCUGGAUCUUCUCGCACAACAAACACCAGUUUCACAUUCAGCCGUUUCCACCGUCGACUCCUUCACACAGUUCACACAGAAGAUGCUGGAGAGCUUCUACAACUUCACCUCCUCUUUUGCGCUGUCUCAGUCCCAGAUGACGCCGAACCCUUCAGAGAUGUUCGUUCCUGCGAGCUCCAUCCUCAGAUGGUAUGAAAACUUUCAGAGGCGAAUGAUGCAGAAUCCAAACUUCUGGAAGACGUGACGCUUGCGUUGUGUUUUUAAUAGUUUCCUGGAGAAGAACAUAAUCUUGUUUAAUGUUCAGUUUUCAUGAGUUUCACCUGG